GUAUGGUCACAUCUAAUAAAAACGAAUGUGAAAAAUGAACAGAGUAUUAACACCAAUGUGUGUUAACACGCUACCUAUUCGUAGAAGUAUUUAUUAAUCAUCUACAUAUUCAUAUUAAGCUUCUACGUCUGUGUACAGAAACGUAUUAUUUGUAAGACGUAAGAGAAAAUAUAUCAGCUUAUUGUUAAAUAAUUAUGACGUUCUUACCCACUCCAGCCAGCAGUCUUUCGGGUGAUGCUUCUUGCGUGACGUAUAAUGGACGGGACGCUUCUUCAGGAACAACAACUCGGCUACUCUUUCAACCACCUCGGUAGCUUGCUAGCCAACAUAAAACUGUCUAACUAUCUAACUUAAAACCGAAAUAUUGACGCUUUAGACCACGGUUAUGUACAUUAGCUAAUCUCAGUGUUUUAAACACAAUUAUUAUGUUGACGUAUCUACUGGUUAACUCUAAUUUGCUUGUUCAAUUUGCAAACUUGUUAAAGAUUGAUACUGAGCCUAGCACUAGGCUAGUCGCUAAUGCUAUUCGCUAAUGCUAGCUAACUAGCUAGCUAACAUCCCUGACCAUGAGCUCAUUAAACUACUCAUUCCCUGCUAAAGAAGAAGAUAUCUACUGGACGGAGAAAGAAGCUCUGGCGCUGAACAUUGUCGUGAAAGAAGAAGAAGAGGAUAUUACAGUGAAAGGAGAGGAAGAACCUUUCAGAAUGAAAAAGGAGGAAGAGGAGGCUGUUAUAGGGAAAGAAGAGGAAGAACAUUUUGGAGUGGAAGAGAGGAUAGAGGCUGUCACAGUGGAAGAGGAAGACGCUUUCAGAAUGAAAAAGGAGGAAGAGGAGACUAUCACAUUGAAAGAAGAAGAGGAGGAUGUUACCGUGAAAAAAUAUAAAGAAUCUUUAGUAGUGAAAGGGGGGAUGGAGACAGCCAGAGUGGAAGAGGAGGAUGUUAUAGGGGGGAAAGAGGAAGAACCGUUUAGAGAGGAAGAGGAUGCUAUCUCAAUAAAGGUGGAGGAGGAAGACAUUUUGGGAGUGAAAGAGGAGGAGACAGAAGAUCCGAUUGACACCAGAGAGAGACAUGACUAUGGUGGAUCCUCUGGGGAGCCUCAACAACAUCCUGAUGCUGACGAGGCAGAGAAGAGUCUCUCCAGAUCAGAACACCAGAUGGACAACGCUAGCCCUUCCACCCUCCCGGGGUCCCCAUGUCGUGCCUCUCCCGGUAGCACCUUACUGCUGGGUAUGAAGAGGUUGUCUGUGCUGCUGGUGGACUGCAGGAAAACAACGGGGCUGAAUGGAACUGUGAGAGGAGGAGAAGAGAAGAAAGGAUCAGAUUUGACACAUCAAACAGAAGAGAGACCCGACUCAGAGGAACCAGAGAUGUCUGAACCAGCGAGACGACACCACUGUUCCCAGUGUGGAAAGAGUUAUACCCGUUUAUGGAGCCUGAAAAACCAUAAGAGAACACAUGCAGGGAAGAAGCCUUAUCACUGCUCUCAGUGUGGAAAGAGUUUUACCCGGUUAGGGAGCCUUGAAAUACAUAAAAGAAUACACACAGGAGAUAAGCCUUACCACUGCUUCCAGUGUGGAAAGAGAUUUAUCCAGUCAACACAUCUGAACGAGCAUAAGAGAAUACACACAGGAGAAAAACCAUUCCAAUGCUCUCAGUGUGGAAAGACAUUUUCCCGGUCAGGGGACCUGAAAUCACAUGAAAGAACACACACAGGGGAAAAGCCUUACCACUGUUCCCAUUGUAAAAGUAGUUUUAGCUGGUCAGGGCAACUGAACGAGCAUGAGAGAACACACACCGGGGUGAAGCCUUACCACUGCUCCCAGUGUGGAAAAAGUUUUACAAGGUUGGGGUCCCUUAAAUCACAUAAGAUAUAUAUACACACACACAAGAGACAAGUCCUAUAACUACUCCCAGUGUGAAAAUAAGUAUUUAUCAUUAGGGGACAUAAAAAAGCAAACACUCUGUAGAGAGACCUUUCCAAUGCUCUCAGUGUGGAAUGGGAUCUGAAUGCGCAUAAGAGAAUACACACGAGAGAAGCCAUUCCAAUGCUUGCAGUGUGGGAAGAGUUAUACCCGGCAAGGGUAUUUAGAAACUUAUGAGACACACAUCAAGUCAAAAUGUAGGUUUCCGCCUAAAUAGACAUACAAAAGUAACUGCCAUUUCAUGUGUAAUUACAUUAUUCUGACAUGCUAAAACUUGGUAUAUUUUGGAAAGAAGACAUCUGGGAGAUUGAGGAAUGAUCAGAAGAAGACAUCUGGGAGAUUAUGUUGAAGUUAUCAGAAGAUAGGAGUUCAGAAUACACAAGAUCAGACUUGGGGAGGAGCCACUAAAAGCAGCAGGUGAGGGAGGGGUUACAGACCAAGAGUCCUGAAUCAUAAAAGGCUUUGUUUUUAAACUACAUUUUAGUCUAAGAUCAAUCUUUAACACACAAAAUACAUUUUUUUUAUUUUUUUUAUUUUUGCCCCUGCUCAAAAGAUCAAUGGAGGGCAUUACUUCACCAGUGUCCGAUUACUAUUAUGUGAUUAGCCCAGUUGUAAUGUUAACUCCCACUGGAAGAAUUAUGAUGUUAUUUUUCUAUCAUUGUAAAUUGUGUAUAGAGAUUGAGCUGACAUUUAUUAUUUCAUGUAUAUUGUUUAUUGGAUUAUAUAUAUAUAUAUAUAUUAUAUUGUUUCCCUCUGUACACAGACCACUUGUAUACUCUGGUUCAUCAUUAAAACUCCUACUGUUAGACUGAG